CGCGGUGGAAAGGCACCCUAGGGGAGAGAAGGACGCGAGGCGCUGUGGCAGGGGAAAGUGACGAGUUGCCCUUCGUUGUCAGCCAAAGAAAAGGACACAGCGACUCUCCCACCCGGCUGCCCACAAUUUCUCGGCGGCGGAGAUGGCGGCCGCUGGCGCCCGAGGCCUGCGGGCCACCUACCACCGGGUCCUAGAUAAAGUGGAGCUGAUGUUACCCGAGAAAUUGAGGCCGCUGUACAACCACCCGGCAGGCCCCAGAACAGUUUUUUUCUGGGCCCCUAUUAUGAAAUGGGGGUUGGUGUGUGCUGGAUUGGCUGACAUGGCCAGACCUGCAGAAAAACUCAGCACAGCUCAAUCUGCUGUUUUGAUGGCUACAGGGUUUAUUUGGUCACGAUACUCACUUGUGAUUAUUCCAAAAAACUGGAGUCUGUUUGCUGUUAACUUCUUUGUGGGAACAGCAGGAGCCUCUCAACUCUUUCGUAUUUGGAGAUAUAACCAAGAACUAAAAGCUAAAGCAAACAAAUAAAAGAGUUCCUGAUCACCUGAACAAUCUAGAUGUGGACAUAACCACUGGGACCUAGUUUGAAUUAUUAUUUGGUUAUUGAUAAGGUGAUGCUAAACCAUGUUAACAUUUGGAAGGCAAAAAUAAAUUAACUAUUACUGGUAGCUAGUGCUUGAUUUGAUGGAAAAAUAAAGCAAACUUAAAUAAUUUUUCUCUUAACAUAUGACUUAA